UUACUCGUUCUCUUUGUAUCACAUUCGGAAGCAAACUUUUCACUUUUAUAUUUAUUUUUACAAUAAGUGUCUUAUUAAUUGGUAAUUUUUUUGCUUUUAAUUUAUUCUGUAGUUUACUGGCUUUUUAUUUUAAAUACUUUUAGGUUUCAAAUGUGGUAGCACUAAUGAACAGACUGACAUACUCGUAUCCAUCGAUAUAUAGAUUGUGGUUAGGAAACAAUUUAAUAGUCAAUAUUUCCGAUCCAGAACUUCUUAAAAUUUUCCUCUAUGACAGUAAUGCUUUAGAAAAAUCAAAAAUCUAUAAAGUUUUUGAACCAUUGUUAGGCAAAGGGAUAUUUACGGCAACGGGUAUAAUAUGUGUGAUGAUGAAAUAUCGAAAUUCGCUGAAUUAACAACAAGAUCUGUCACACUUAUAAAGAAAAGAAUAAAUAAUAUUUUGUUAUUACCAGAUUCUAUUUUUAACCUUACACAAUUAUCCAGAGAGACAUAUAAAAAUGCUACGUCAGCAAAAAAUAUGCUAAAUACGAUCAUUCAAAGGCGAAGAACAAUUCUGAAAACUAUGGAUAAGAAAGAUGAAAAUUGUAAUGAAACACUUCUGGAUAUAUUAAUAGAGCAAUGUGAUCAUACAAACUCAAUCACCGAUCAAGAUGUGACACAGGCAAUCACUGCAAUAAUUUUUGGGACAAGGAUACACGAAGAACUUUAUAGGAUUUGUGGACAUACGGAUCCUACUGAUUAUCCAGUUAAUGCUAGCGAUCUAAUUAAAAUGGAAUAUUUAUCGAGAGUGAUCAAAGAGACAUUACGAUACUUUCCGAUCGCUCCACAUAUUAGUCGAACUGUCACAAAUGAUCUCAAAAUUAAACAAUACACUAUACCAAAAGGGGCAAAUGUAUUUAUCUCAAUUAUGCAAGUUCAUAAAAAUAAAGAAUUUUGGCCUGAACCAAAAAAAUUUGAUCCUGAUAGAUUUCUUCCUGACGAAAUCUCAAAACGACCUUCAUGCUGUUACUUACCUUUCAGUAUGGGUUCAAGAAGUUGUGUAGGUUUCAGAUUUGCCGAAAUGGCAUUGAAGAUUGUUAUUUCCUCUAUUCUUCGAAAAUAUGUUUUGUCAUGUGAUAAAACCAUACCGUUAGACCAGGUAAAAUUGGAUUAUAGAGUUUUCACACAUCCACGUGAACCAAUUAAAAUCAAACUGAGAAAGUUAAAAACAAAAUGAUUUUUUAAAGUAAAUGAAACUUUUGUUUAAUGGCUAUGGAUAUGGUUAAAUGGUGAAACGAUUAAAAUAGUUAUUUAUGUUAUAAUAUAUAUGCUAAAUAGUUUCUUAGGAUUGUGUUGCGUGGUGAUCAUGAAUCCAAGCAUUUUAUCUAUCAACAUGGAGAAAAAAGGAUAAUUAAAAUCACCCAGUUGAAAAAGUUGACAGUCUUCGGUUUAAAAAUUAAACCUUUUUACUCCGUAAACUAUUAUAAAAAAAUAGUAUUGCUAGAUUUGUACUUGUAUUCCUUGAAACUAAUAUUAAAAUUGUUAAUCGAAUUGUAUCUUUUAUCAUUGUUAUGUGUGGCACGAAAAUAUAAAAGAUUAUUAGCAACUGGUCUCUCACAUAAAUUCUUGUUGCGAUUAAAAAAAUCUUGGCUUCGAAGAGUUUAAUUCGACAAGCAUAUAAAUAAGUUACAAAUCAUUAUAAAAAGAUACUUCUUUACAUUCAUUUACACUAUUGUCGUUUUAUAUAAUAACUUAAAUUAUAAUGUAAAGUAGAAUAAAUAUAAGUUACAAUAUAGCAGGUUAAGGGAAGUUCAUAAUGUAUAAAAAAUAA